CAUACCUUUGCGGAAUAAUAUAUACUAUUUUUAAGAUCGUGAGAUUCAAAGAUAAAAUAAAUUAUAUUUUUCAAAUUUGGGAUAAGUCAAAACCAAAUUGAAACCAAGUGAGGUAUUACCAUAAAUUGAAUUAAUCACUCUACCAACCUCUAAAAAAGACCCACACACCUAACACAAACAAAUCGACAGACUUGGGCAUGGCAAAAAAAACCUCAUCAUACUAAACACACCAAAAACACCGCACCAGCUUUAAACAAAUACCAACAAAUUCUUUGGAGGUCAUCAACCCUUCACCUAUCUUUUCAUCUCCACCUCUUGUUCUUCUUCCUCCUCUUUCCCUCUCCAUUUCUCACUCAAAACCUUAAAAAUGGAUCCCAACAACCAAUCGUCAAACAACAACCUAGAAAACCAAACAUCUAACGAAGAACAACAAAAUACAACCCCCAUACCCCAACAACAACAACAACAACAAACUUUACCCAUAGCCUCAAUUUCCCUUGCAUUAUCCACAAUUUUGCCUACCCAUUUCCUUAAUCCCCCCAAAAUCUCCACCGUUUUCAACUCCAACAAACCCAACAAAGUCAAAAUCCCAACUCAACUCUCCUCUCUUUCCACUCUCUCUCUCUCAUCAUCUCUCCCUCCUCCUCCUACAAAACCCAAGUCAACAAUCUCUGCUAACCCUCUUCAAGAUUCCCUCACUUUAAACCCUCUCCGCCCUUCGGAGCCUUCCAAUGCUGCUGGUUUACGACGUGCAUCCAUCGUUUGGUUCCGCAACGAUCUUCGUGUCCAUGAUAACGAGUGUCUCAACGCAGCUCACAAUGAAUCAAUGUCUGUUCUGCCCGUUUACUGUUUUGACCCGAGAGAUUACGGCAAGUCUUCAUCUGGGUUUGAUAAAACGGGUCCAUAUCGAGCUACGUUCUUGAUUGAAUCGGUUAAGGACUUGAGGAAGAAUUUACAAGCGAGAGGGUCUGACCUUGUUGUGAGAAUUGGGAAACCGGAGACGGUGUUGGUUGAAUUGGCGAAAGCUGUUGGUGCGGAAGCGGUGUAUGCUCAUAGAGAAGUUUCGUAUGAUGAGGUUAAAGGGGAAGAUAAGAUUGAUGCUGUGAUGAAGGAUGAGGGACUGGAUGUGAAGUUCUUUUGGGGUAGUACGUUGUAUCAUUUAGAUGAUUUGCCUUUUAAGUUGGAGGAAAUGCCGACGAAUUACGGAGGGUUUAGGGAGAAAGUGCAAGGGUUGGAAGUAAGGAAGACAAUUGAGGCACUGGAUCAGUUGAGGGGAUUUCCUGCUAGAGGUGAUGUGGAGCCUGGGGAGAUUCCUUCUUUGGUUGAUUUGGGGCUCAAUCCUAGUGCCACAAUGGGUCAGAAUGGAAAACAAGCUGCUAAUGCUUCCCUCGUGGGAGGAGAGAAUGAAGCACUGCAGAGACUUAGAAAAUUUGCAGCAGAAUGUCAGGCCCAACCCAAUAAGGAAAACAAGGAUGGUACAACAGACAGUAUAUAUGGUGCAAACUUUUCUUGCAAAAUAUCGCCUUGGCUGGCUAUGGGAUGUCUCUCACCCCGUUCCAUGUUUGAUGAAUUGAAAAAGUCUACAUCAAGAACGAUUUCUGCUGCCUCUGGCAAGAAAGAUAGUGGUAGUGGCAUGGGGCUCAACUGGCUGAUGUAUGAGCUGUUAUGGAGGGAUUUUUUCAGAUUCAUCACCAAGAAAUACAGUGCUGCGAAACAAACUAAUGCUGCUCCAGUAACCGCUUGUGUGGGAGCUGCUGCUUAACAAUGUGGUAUAUUCGAAAAGGAGAAUGAGGUUUCUUUUUUUCAUCUUGAUUUUUUUUCUCCAGAAGCUUAGCCGUUGAAUGUUAGAGUUGGACUGUCAUUAGAUUGAAGCAUUCAUCAAUGUUACAUUUUAUAUUAGACAAUUAAGUGUUGGAUAUAAAAGAAUUUGUCGCCAUUUCUAGCA